AUCAGUGCACGGCCGCCAGGUGAGGAGUCUUAAUCAGCGUCACCUGUGGAGGUUGUGGCUAACAACUAACAUAACUAUAGGUGUUUAGGAAUAUAUAAGCUGAAGAGCUCGGACACAUAGCGAGCUUGUGCCUCAUGGGAAGCAGGGUUCGCAGUGCUUUGUAAAGGCCUAUCUGGCGUUAUAGUUUUAGUAAAUUAGCGUUAUUGUUAGUUUUGCUCUGACUUGUAACAAAAUGUGUGAGGACUUGACUGGAGCUGACUCGUUGCACAUAGCAGACUAUGCAGUUUUUGUGUUAAUGCUGCUGGUGUCCGCAACCAUCGGCUUAUACUACGCUAAGAUCGGAAGAGGGCAGCCAAAUGCCCAGGAAUUCUUAACUGGAGGUCGAAAACUCACCGCUCUGCCCGUCUCCCUGUCCCUGUCCCUGACCGCUAGCGUCCUGUCGUCUGUCUUGCUGAUAUCCAUUCCAGUGGAGGUGUACCGCUAUGGAGCCAUCAUAGGCUAUACUUGCUUUGGGCAUUUUCUGGCCCAGGUGUUCACAUCUGAGAUCUUUCUCCCAGUCUUCUACAGGCUGCCCAUUACCAGCACUUUUCAGUAUCUGGAGCUGCGUUAUAACAAAGUAACCCGUCUGCUGGUAACAUUCCUCACUUUUAUUCAGACCCUCCUCUUGUCUGGACUUGUGAUUUAUGCUCCAGCCCUCGCUUUAAAUCAAGUGACUGGCUGGAAUCUGUGGGGGGUAAUUGUGGUAACAGGAAUACUCUGUACCGUAUACUGCGCAUUGGGUGGAAUGAAGGCAGUGGUUUGGAUAGAUGUUUUCCAGGUUGGAGUAAUGUUAGCAGGCCUUCUGUGUGUCCUAUUCAAGUGUCUCCUCUUAGGAGUCUCAAUUCUGUCCAAUUCACAACAAGGAGGAAGACUGAACUUUCUGGAUUUUGACUUGAACCCUCUGAGGCGACACACUUUUUGGACCAUAGCCUUCGGUGGGACACUUGGCUGGAUCAUGGCCAGUGGAACUAGCCAGACUCGGGUUCAGAGAUACAACUCCUGCAAGAGCAUCACUCAUGCCAGAACAGCUGUGUUCAUCAGCGUGGUAAGUUAUUCUUUGUUCCUGGGAUCUGCAGUGUUUUCAGGAUUGUGCCUCUACUCUUUCUAUAAGGACUGUGAUCCAUGGACAGCUGGACAAGUUUCUUUUUCUGAUCAGCUGCUGCCAUAUUUGGUCAUGGAUAUCCUGAAAGGCUACCCUGGCCUCCCAGGACUAUUUCUUGCAGCAGUAUACAGUGGCACCUUAAGUACAGUUUCAUCAAUCAUCAACACACUGGCUGCAGUGACUGUAGAGGACCUGAUCAAGCCAAAUGUCACACUGACUGACAGACAAUUGCUUCACAUCUCCAGAGCGCUGAGUUGUGGUAUCGGAGUGUUGUGUGUCUCUAUGGCUGGCCUGGCAUCACUUAUGGGACUACUUGCUCAGCAUUUAAGGUUUCACUUCAGAUGUCUCUCACAGGCAAGAACCAUCAUCGGUGGGGUCAGUGGAAGUCCUAUGUUUGGUCUGUUUGUGUUGGGUGUCCAUUUGCCAACUCCACAGGCGGUUUGUUUGGGUUCGCUGCUUCGCUGUUUGUAAGCAUCGGAUCCAUGCUGUCUUACGCUGACCUUGAGAUGACCCGACCUUUGUCACUAAGCACCGAGGGUUGUAACUUCACCACUCCUGGGAGUUUCAACUGGACUACUGCUCUUCUAACACAGAUGAACUCAUUUACCAUGGUUGGAGUGCAAGAUGGUGCCACACAUCUGCUGGCACGUAACUGGCACUCUCCUUCUUACCUCUACUUCUGUCAUUGGAUUCAUCACAACUGUGAUUGUGGGAGUGAUAGUCAGUCAGUCUGUACACUGGUGGACUGAAACAGAAAGUGGAUCCCAGUCUUAUGCUGAUGAAAGAGGACAUGCUGUCCUAUCAUCUGUUCAAGCUCAUCAAAUAUAAGGUCACAAAAAGGCCAAGGAGGGCCGAACAGGGUGGGACCGAGGAGACAAAUGAAGGCCAUUUGAAGAUGACUAUGCUUAACAGAAGAGUUGCAGCAGAAGAUCAGAUGGGGGUCUAACGAAUAGAAUACUCAAAGUAUUGCU